AGCGCCAUCUAUUGACGAAUGAAAACAAAGACAGGUUCAUGGGUUAGAACAAAAUGGAUGACAAAGUGGAGUGUAACAGAAAUGAUAUCCAGAGAAGUGAAAAUCUGCCAGAUGUACAGAGGAAAAGUAUCCUGGAAAUUGCAGGACAACAGAUCAUUGGAGAUGAAAGUGGCCUAUCUGUUGAAGAUACUAGUAGUACAGAUAAUAAUAGACAGUCAUCCCAAAGGGAGCCUCUAAAUGUAGGAAAGAGUGUACUUGAGCUGACCACAAUAUUCCAGAUUAUUGAAAAUAUGUGUUUGAAAUUGACUGAUUAUGGAGAAGAGUUUGUGAUGAUUAUGGCCAAUCCUUACAAACAGACAUCUAAUUACAUUGGAUCUACUGAAGGGAGACAAUUUAUGAAUCAAAAUACCAGUGUAAUGCAGGAAUUUGUUAAACAUUGUUACAAUGCAGCUUGCAGUUUAAGUGUUCCUGCUGCAAAAUCUGGACAAGAAAUAAAUCCAAACAAAGCUGACGAAGUUUGCUCUUCUGAAGUCAAUGAGAAUCAAGGUGGAAAAGAUCAGCAAAAUAAUUCAGCCAACAAAAGAACAACUAUUGAAUUCUCAGAUAAUAACAGUGAGACAAAUGGAUUUGAAUCUGAUGUAACGGAAAACUAUGACAUUGAAAAAAUCGUGCAAAAUGCUGUUCAAGUUGUUGAUAAAAGCUUGGAUGAAUUAAAAAGCAUUGAAGAAGAAAAUACAAAGACUAAUACCACACCUCAAAAUAUCAAAGAAUACCCUCAUCCAAAAAAGCGCCUUACAAAAAUGAAAGCACAGGAAGAUGAUGAAACAGAUGAUAGCAAGACAUCAAAAGCAAUUCUGACGAUGAAAAAUUCAAAAUCACCUUUAGUUAAUAGAAAGAUGAGCAAGUCAAAAUAUAUUGGUAAAAGUCAAAAGCAAGAUAGAAAGCAUGGCAAAAACAAGAAUAACAAAUUUGAAUGUAAGACUUGUUUCCUAAUGUUUGAUUCUAGCUCCUUGUUAAAACAGCAUCUUGUCAAACACAAAGCAGACACUUCAACAAAGAUAAUUUGUUCUUGCUGUAAAAAAACAUUUAAAACAAAAUUUAAAUUAAGAAAGCAUAUGAAAUCAAAGCAUAUGAAAUAUCAUACCAUUCAGUUUACCAAAAAGACGUUUAAAUGUGAAAAAUGCGGUAAAUUAUUUCAUCGUCAGGAUACAUUCAAAUCACAUGUGAAAUUUCAUGAGGCACCAAAACACAAAUGCCAGAUAUGUGAUAAAGCAUUUUAUUUAAAAACAAAUAUGUCCAAACACAAGAAAUCCCACAAGAAAAGAUUAGAAUGUCGGUCAUGUCUAGCUGUUUUUACAGAUAGAGAAAAUUAUGAACUACAUAACUGUCAAUUGGACGAACCUGAAAAUUUUACAAGAACAUAUAAUUCAUGGGUCACAGAAGAUGGCAAACAUGUUUGUGGAAUUUGUCAAAAAGUUUUUACAAAACGUAGAGGACUUCUAACACAUCGUAAACUCCAUUCUAUUAUUUGUACAAGUCAUGUAUGCAAUAUCUGUAACAAAUCAUAUAAGACACGAAACAGUUUGAACAAACAUGUGAAAAUAGUUCAUUCAGGGUCUCGAGACUUUGUUUGUGAUUUAUGUGGAAAAAGUUUUAAACAACAAGACACACUCAACGUUCACAUGAGAACGCAUGACAACAAUCGAACUGAAUAUGAGUGUAAAGUAUGUGGAAAAUUUCUGUCUGCACAAGGUGCACUUAAAGUCCAUAUGAGAACACAUGUGAAUUUGAAACCUCACAUGUGUGAUGUAUGUGGAAUGUCAUUUUCUCAAAGAGGUAAUCUAGCCAAACAUAUGCUGUCACACAGCAACAAUGCCAAUUAUAGAUGUGAACAGUGCGGAAAGGAUUUCAAAUAUCCUGAUACUUGGCGAACCCAUCAGCGAUCACAUGCUUUAAAAGCAGGUUUAGAUGACAUUAAAGUUAUGGCUUUUGGAAAGUUUUAUAGAUGUGAAGUUUGUGAGAAGAAGUUUGCCUCAGCAUCACAGUACAAAGUCCACAUGAGAACACACACAAAUGAAAGACCCUAUCCAUGCGUUCGUUGUGGUAAAUCUUUUAAGGAAAGUGGUAAAUUAGCUCGGCACAUGAAAACCCAUAAAGGACUUGAACACAACGAACAUAAUUACAUUUCUAAUUCCAAAGAAACGAAAGAGGAUAAGAAAAGAAGGAGGGAUGGUCGGUAUGUUGAUAUUGCUAUCAAACCAGGUUAUGAUGUUAACCUUAUGAUGCCACAAAGAAAUGAAUCUCUAACAAUGGAAAAUGUGAUGCCAUCAUCAAAUCUAAAUCAAAGCACUGAUAUCAGCCAACUUUAUCCUGUCCAAUUUACAGAAAGUUCAACAUAUACGGAUGAAGCAUGUAGUGAUACUAGUUCUGUUAUAAAUAAAGGGCCACAACAAGCUUCUCAUGCUGAUAGUCCCAUACGAGUGAUUGAUGAUAGUCGUCACCAGUUUCUCAUGCAUCAGCUGACACCGGUAACCAGUCUCAUUAUGGAAUCAGCUGACGGACAACAAAUCCAGCUUCCAAAUGAAAUGUAUGUAAUGCAAGUUGGAUUACCAGAUGAUAGCCAUGUGACAAAUUCUAAUCUCAUCAAUCCAACUCAAGCUUAUUCUCCUAAUAAUGAUGUCCUACAAGCCAAUCAAACUCAUAAUAUGCAUUCAUACAAUAAAUACUUUUAAAGUAAAUAUCAGGAACAUAUAAUUACAAAUAUUUUGCACAGAUUUAUAUUAUUAUAUUACCAUUUUUUAAAUCAGAAAGUUCAAACAAUUGUUUUGUCAUGUUUGAAACAACAUGAUCAUGAUGAAAGCACACAGUUUUAGGUCAUUUGCAAUUGUCAGUGUAUUUACUAAUUUUGAAAGUGAUGUAUACUGCUUCUAUUCCAUUUCUUCUGUAUUGAUAUUAUUAAGAACAGUUUGCUUAACUGUAAAUUUUUAGUAUUUAAGAAUAUUCUUUAUUUUAUGCUGCCUGUCUGCAAACUAUUUUUUUCCAAUUUUAUUGCUUUGUCAUUGUUUAUUCUGUCAGCAUGACUUCGAUUUUGUUAAUCAAGGUAAUCUUUAUUUUCAUUUAAAAACAUUAUGGUGCAUUGUUAUUUGAAUUUGUUUGUUGGUUUUAGGUCCAAUCUGUAAAAAUAGAACAAGGAGUUGAUAAAUAUUUGCAUUCAAAUUAAGAAAUAUUGACAAUUAAAUUACUACUUACUAAAAGUACUACAGUUCUUUGUAAUAAAAUCAGAUGAAAAUAUUUUCGUGUUAACAAGUAUUUUAUGGUUAGUACUUCAUUUUUAUGAUUUUGCAAUAACAUAUUCAAUCCUCAAAGUUUUUUGUUAACCAUCAAUAUUGCUAUGAAAUGAAAUAGUGUCAUGAUUGUGUGUGAAUUUAAAAAAAAUGUUUUUUAGCAUGUCUUUGAUUAAAUUUCUAUAACAAGUGAACAAAUAUAAUUUUACAAUUUGAAUGUAUAUUUUUGUAUUGAAAGAUAACAAAUGUUCAAACAAAAGUAAUUUUUCACAUAGAAAAUAUUUUCUUUUGUGCUUUUUUCUGACAAAAAAUCUUUUAAUUUAUUCUAAAUUACAUGGAGUUAUCUGCCCUGAUGUAUCACACUAUCUCUAUAAAUAUAAAUAUCAGAUAGCAAAUUCAGUAUUACCUUUUUUGUAAAACAAUUACUUUUCCUGUUGGUGAAAAUAAUGUGGUGUUUUGAUAUUUUUAACACUUAAAAACAUGAAGAAUUUCCCAUAAAAACAUCUUCAUAAUUAUUUUCUGGUGUUACUGAACAAAUCAAAGCACUUUGUACUUAAAUGACCGACAUGGAUUUUUUUUAUUUCUUAAGUUAACAUACUUCUGACAGUAUUCGAUACUGUAAUGAAGAAUUAUACAGUCCUCAAAAUGUAACUUUAAAUCAUUUCUCUAUCAAAGAUAAUCCCCAUUUCCAUUCUCAAUUUUAUGUCAGAAAAUGCUCAUUUUGUUUUACAUGCAUAUCCAGUAAAAUACAUAUGUGUGCCUUGUAUACAAUGAACUACAUUUAUAAUAACUGAUUUCUGUAUAAUUUACACUGAUUAUCUCUGAUUAUUAUUUUUUUCUGUCUUAUAUUGUUCUGAUUUGUUUACAAUUUGAAGAUUAUAUUGCAGGACAUAUUUCUAAUUUAAAAUACUUUACCAUAUUUACAGGAAUAUGGAAACUUAGAACAAAACACUAAUAUUCCUUUCUUAAAAUAUAGGCAAUAUUGAAAAUCCAUCAAUCUUUUUCCAUUCUAUUAAAAGAAAUUUCAAAUCUUAAACAGGAUCUUACAAAGGAAACAACAAUCAAUCAAUUCUAAACCAAGCUAAAAUAUUGCUUUGAUUAAAACAACACUUAAAAAAAAAGCACCCAUGUCAGAUGGAUUCUUUUUCCGAUUUCUUAUUCAGUCAGUUUUUUAUUAGCUGUUUCUUUUUCAAAGUAUUAAAGAGGUAUCAGUUUUUUUUAAUGGAACCUGUAUUCAUUUUCAAAAGGAUUCAUUUUCAGAUGUUUUAUUCAGUCAUUUUAAUUAUCAGCUGUUUUUGUUUCAAAGUAUUAAAGGUACAAAGAGGUGUUUAUUAUUUGUUAAUCUUUGUUAAAGAUGAUGAAAUAUUGUAGAUAGCUGAUGUUGUGAUAAUUAUCAGAGAGAGGCAGAUCCAGAUAUUGUCUAGCAGGUGUGACCGAGUGCAUGGUAAAGGUAAAGGUCAAAUUUUCUGAACAAAAUAACAUUUAUACUAAGAUAGAUAUGAAAUUGUAUUGAUUCUGCCCUUAUAUUGUCCUGGAUCUGCCUUUUUGUAUGCAUGCUGCUGUAUACAUGAUAUAUACUUUUGCUAUUGGAAUAAAUUUAUCUUUUUGGUCUUUAUCUCUUUUAUGAUAUUUUGUCUAAAUCAUGGAUUGUUUGUGUUGGAAAAUAAAAAAAAUAUGUUAUUGGUUGACAAAUUUUGAAAUUGUAAUAAUUUCUAAAUAAUACAUAUUUGUAACUUG